UCUAUGUAGGAUUGAGGUGGGAUGGUGCAGUAAGUCAUAGAGAUACAGAUCAAGUUUACUUUCUUCAGGCUGACUGGUGAGACACACUUCUGGACGGGAAAAAGAAGCUCAGCAUCUCCAUUCAUCUUCUCUUACAGCUCACACAAUCAUCAUGUACAGCAUCGUGGUGGAAAACAUCUACAUGCUGGUCAUCGUCACCCUCAUCAGCGUACUUCAGAAUGCAUUCUUUGCUUUGAAGGUAGAGAAGGAGUGCAGGAGUGUAAAUCCAAACGCAGCUGCUUUUGAACGAGUUUCUUGUGCCAAUCGUAACUGCAUGGAUUCUUACCCAACGUUCCUGGCAGUGAUGUGGUGUGCCGGUCUGUGUCUCAGCCAAGCUCCUGCUUCCUUUGCCGGGGUCAUCUAUCUUGUAGUCAGGCAGAAGUACUUUGUCGGAUACAUGGGACAAACCAGUCAAAGCACCCCAGGCUACCUGUUUGGAAAACGCGUCCUGUUCUUCCUGUUCCUGAUGUGCAUUGUGGGAAUCUUCAACUACCUGCUGGUGCGCUUCUGCAGCAGCGACUAUAAGGAAUACGUGGAAACCAUCACCAGCGCUGCGUCUGCUCUUCUCCUACUCCCUUAGGGCAAGCUUUCUCCUGCGACAGAGGAGAUGCUCCAGUCCAGGCCUUUCUCCAUCUGCCACUUGAUGAAAGGAUCGUUUCCAUCGAUGGACACCACAAACUGCUUGAGCACUGCCACCGAUACAAGGUGUAGGAUAAUUUAUGGGGAAAACAGAGGGAAACCAGUGAGAAGAGAGCUCAGAAAUACAUGUUGUCAUUGUGCAGAAGCACUGUACAGCCAUUGUCAUUACUCUACUCCGUCUCCACCCAUUGCAAACAUCCAAAGUUGGAUUUCAGCCAACAUGCCAUGUCACAUAUAGGCAGCAUGACACAUAUAGGCAGCAUGACACAUAUAGACAGCAUGACACACUUAGCUGUAAAGUACACACUGUGCUCAAAAGUAUAAUGUUGUGCGAAUAAAAAAAUGCCAGUGGUGGCUUUAAGUACCAUUUAUCUUUUUUAGUUAUUUCAGUGUAAUUACACAAAAACGUAUGUCCUCGUCAUGAUGGGGUCAUUUUGUAUAAUGGUAGUAAGUAGCCUUGUGUA